UCCCUUGUUCCUUAGCUGUCCUAUGCAAGUGCUAGGUUUUCAAAAUUAUAUCUGUUAGAAUGUCAAGCAGAAUUAAUCUUACUAUGUUUUUUUUAGAUGUGGAUUUCAAAUGUUGAUGAAUUAUUUUCUGUUCAUGUGAUAUAGAAGUGGUAGGGAUGGAAUGACAUAUCCAGUAACAUGUCUUAAACAGGUUCAUGAAACUCUAAUAAGUCAUCUACUUCAUACUUUUGCAGUUAUUCCUGAGUACCAAAUCAGGUGCCUGUGUUUUUAAAAUGAGUGGUGUUUUAAAUGUAGGAACUAAAGAAUUGGGGUGUUGGCUUCUAUUUGUGUUGUACAUCUUCCAAAAAUUUUUAACUGAAGAGUCUGUGCACUGCAGUUUUUUCCACAGAGCUGGAAUUUGAAGCAGUGUUUUCAUUUCUUGAAGAAAAAUAUGGUACCUUUAAGCCUAACUUCAUCAAUAUGCCUAAAUAUUUGCAUUUUUAUAUGGGGAGAAAAUGUACGUGGUAAUUGCAUACAAUUUUCUAACAUGGAUUCUUCAGCUAUCAACAUUCUUGAAGAAUUAUCCAAUCCAGGAAGUAAAAGUAAACCUAAUGCUACUAUAAAUAAGGAAAACUGUGGCAAAUCAUGUUCAAGUCAAACUAAAAUGAUACGAGAAGAAAAACAUUUUAUGUGUAGGAAUUUGCAGAGUUCCAUUGUUUCCUAUACAAGAAACACCAAAAAACUUCUCAGAAAUAUGAUGGAUGAACAACAAGCUUCUUUGGAUUAUCUAUCUAAUCAGGUGAAUGAACUUAUGAAUAGAAUCCUUCUUUUGAAUACGGAAGUUUUUAGAAAACAUUUGGAUCCCUUUCCUCAUCGACCAGUUCAGGCACAUGGUUUGGAUUGUACUGAUAUUAAAGAUACAAUCGGCACUGUAACAAAAACUCCAAGUGGUUUAUACAUAAUACAUCCAGAAGGUUCCCAUUACCCUUUUGAGGUAAUGUGUGAUAUGGAUUACAGAGGAGGUGGCUGGACUGUGAUACAGAAAAGAAUUAGUGGAGUAAUUGAUUUCCAAAGGCUCUGGUGUGAUUAUCUGGAUGGAUUUGGUGAUCUGUUAGGAGAAUUUUGGCUAGGAUUAAAAAAAAUAUUUUAUGUUGUAAAUCAGAAAAACACCAGUUUUCUGCUAUUAGUGAUGCUAGAAUCUGAAGAUGGCACAUCUGCUCAUGCAUCAUAUGAAAACUUUUGGCUAGAAGAUGAGACAAACUUUUUUAAGAUACACUUAGGACGUUAUUCAGGAAAUGCAGGUGAUGCAUUCCGUGGUCUAAGAAAAGAAGAGAAUCAAAAUGCAGUGCCUUUCAGCACCUCUGAUGUUGAUAAUGAUGGAUGCCGUCCAGUAUGCAUGAUUGGUGGUCAGUCAGUCAAGAGUUGUAGUCACUUUAAUAAUAAGACUGGUUGGUGGUUCAAUCAGUGUGGCUUAGCAAAUCUUAAUGGUGUUCAUCAAUACCCAGGAAAGUUGCUCUCAUCUGGAAUUCACUGGGGCACAUGGGCUAAAAACAAUUCAUGGGUCAAAAUUAAAUCUGUUUCAAUGAAAAUACGAAGAAUUUACAAUCCGCUUUUCAAAUAAUUACCCAUACAACAGUAAUAUAGUAGUCAUACUAGUUGUUCUGGAUAAAGUAUAAUAUUAUCUUAUUAAAAUGUUUGUAUUUCCACCCAAAAAAUAUAAGAGCUUACCUUUAUAUAGUACUUUAUGAUAUAAUUAGCAUUUUUCUCAAAAGAAUUCUGACAGUUAGAUUAUCAUACACAUUUUAUGGAUACAGAAACCACAUCUCAGAGAGAUUAAGAAACUUUCCAAUUCAGAAAUUAUACUUAACUAAUUCAGAAUUAUAGUGGAGACUUGAACUGAGAUCCCCUUAUUCCAAAUCCAAGGCCUUCAAUUAUGUAAUAUUAGCUAAUGUCCAACUACAUGUGGAAUCUUCUUAUUAUGGAUUCAAAUCUAGUCUUAUGCCUCAACUUUUAUAAGGCAAAAGUUUGGUCCAAUAUAGGAUGUGACAUCUUAAUAGAAAAAUUAGCAAUAUAUAAUUAACUCCUUUUAAAAUGGUUGUUCAUCCUCCACUUAACUUAUGCUAUUGUAUCCAGUGAAUUUCUGGAUUUUCUUACUUCAAUCCUCUUUAAAUACUGAAGUAGAACAAAUAAGACUAUUUUCAAAAUAGCAUAUGUCUUCAAAAUAGCAUUGGAGGGGAAAACAUCUUGAAGACCAGAAUCAUGUUUCUUCUUUUCUUAGUGCCUAGGAAAGAGUUUCAUACAGAAAUAUUUAUGGAUUGAAUAAAUUAAAUGUUUAAAAUACUUGAGAUACAGCAAAGCAUUCCCCAGCUUUCAGCCCUCUCUCAUUGGCUUUGUUUCCAAUUCCACCACCUAUCCCCUCAGUAACGAUGACGGAACAGGCCAUCUCCUUUGCCAAGGACUUCCUGGCUGGUGGUAUCCCUGCUGCUGUUUCUAAGACCAUGGUGGCCCCCAUCGAGGGAGUCAAGCUACUAUUGCAGGUGCAGCAUGCAAGUAAACAAAUUGCUACAGAUAAGCAGUACAAAGGUAUUAUGGACUGUAUAGUCUGAAUUCCAAAGGAACAAGGGAAGCUUUCCUUCUGGAGGGUAACUUAGCAAAUGUCAUCAGAUACAUACUUCCCCACAUAGGCCCUUAACUUUUCCUUUAAGGAUAAGUAUAAGCAGGUGUUUUGGGGAGGAGUGGACAAGCACACCCAAAUUUGAAGGUAUUUUGCUGGCAAUCUUGCCUCUGCUGGUACAGCUGGAGCCACUUUUCUCUGCUUUGUCUACCCUUUGGAUUUUUCGAGAACCUGCUUGGUAGCUGAUGUUGGGAAAUCUGGCACUGAGAGAGAAUUCAAAGGCCUGGGAGACUGCCUUGUGAAAAUCACCAAGUCUGAUGGAAUUUGGGGCUUAUAUCAAGGUUUCAAUGUCUCAGUGCAGGGUAUUAUUAUCUAUAGAGCAGCCUACUUUGGAAUCUAUGAUACAGAAAAAGGUAUGUUUUCAGAUCCUAAGAACACUCAUAUUGUGAUAAAUUGGAUGAUUGCACAAACGCUGACUGCUGUAGGAGGUGUGGUUUCCUAUCCCUUUGAUACAGUGAGGUAGAAAAUGACGAUGCAGUCUGGGUGCAAAGAUGCUGAUAUCAUGUACACUGGGACAAUUGACUGCUGGAGGAAGAUUGCUAAAGAUGAGGGUGGCAAAGCUUUCUUCAAGGGUGUCUGGUCCAAUGUUCUUAGAGGCAUGGGUGGAACUUUUGUACUUGUCCUGUAUGAUGAAUUGAAGAAAGUAAUCUAAGUACAUCCUACCUAAAAAGGGAAACAGUGAAUAAAGGUCAUGUAGAAUACGUAACCAUACUUAGUAUUUUGGACCAUUCACCUUCAAGAAAUUCCUGUUGUCUUUUUAUCCAAGCCAGAUCAUGUUUGUAGAGGAGCCAGGAAAAGCUCUUAGAAAAAGGGACUCAUUUUUUGUGAUCCCUUAUUCACCCAAUGGAACUGAUGAUGAUUUAGUAAAUUGAUUCUAUUGGUUUUGGGGAAAAUAACCUUUACUGUGGGUCCAAGGAGACAGAACAACUUAGACCAUUGAGUUCAAUGCUAUUUUGUAGGACCAUAAAUUUGUGUUUAAGUAAUUUAUUUAAAGAAAAAAAAAAUCAUGUCUCCCAUUUGUACUUACGCACUAUAUAUGCUAUUUUGAACAGCUGACUAUUUGGCAGUUACGAUGAUCUGUGUUGGUCAUUCUUCUGUAAAACAAUAAAUACACAGAACACUCUAA